AUGUAAUAUAUUACUUAUUAAUAUUAAUAAUACAUGUUAAUAAUGAUGUUAAUAAAUAUCAUAAUUCUUUAAUAAGUACUAUAUAGAAUUGAAAAAAUAAGUAAUGAUACAUAUUUUGUAACACGACGUUUAUGACACAAAAGUUAUUGCUUCGAAAAUUUUUCAUCAACAUUUGAUAAUAAACGAUUGAAUGUUUGUUGAUUUAUUGCUUCAGAAAUUGCUUAUAAAUUGGUCGAACUAUUAUGUUAAAAAUACUACUUGGAAUUAAUAACAAUGUUUUUAAAUAUUAUUUAACAAUAAAAAUUUUUUGACACAAAUGUUGUAUUUUUAAUAACUUUGAAUAUAUCUUUAAAAUGGGAUAAUGUUAAGUUCAUUAAAGUUCAUUAAAGUAGGUUCAAAUAAGUAAAAAAUUACAAUUAUUACUGUACAAUUUGAUUUUCUACACAACACAUUCCUGAAUUAAUUUUAUUUAAUUAUAAAAAAUAUAAUUCGUGUCAAUUGACUAAAUGAAAUCUAUCACACUCAUAUUUCUCGCAACAAGAUGAGUAAUAUGUAAUCAUAUGGUUGACGCACUUAUCAGAUAUGCUAUCAGGAUCAGCUAUAGCAGUAAGUGUAUAUCUUUCGUGGCUAAAUAUGCGAUCAUUUAACGAUAGACUGCAUGUGAAAUCACGGUACGAAUAUGAUAUUUAAUAUUAUUACACUGUUGCUUUUAUUUCUGUGCAACCAAUGUUUGUGCGACAUAUGUAAAACCUGCGUAUGUUCUGCCUCAAACGCAGGACUAGUUAUUAAUUGCCAUGACAAACACUUAGGAAUUAAUGAAGUUCUUUACUUCGAUCUUCUCACUUUAGAUAAGAAUAAACCAUUAAACCAAUUUAUUCUUUCAAAAAAUAAUAUAGUUCUUCUACCCAUGAAUGAACUAAAAAAUCUGAAACAUUUAAAAAAAUUAGAUGUGUCUCAAAAUCAAUUGGACAGUAUACAUUCACACGUCUUUGAGAAUUUAAAUAAACUCGAAGAUUUAGAUUAUUCUAGCAAUUCACUCUGGAGCUUUGAUAUUUCAAUUUUAAACUCAGUUGCUUCUCUUUCCAAACUUAAUUUGAGUCAUAAUCACAUCAGCAAUUUGGAAAAAAGCAUGGAAAAUACUAAGACAAAAUUGAAAAUUCUCGAUGUGUCACACAAUAAACUUGUUGAUCUGAACUUUCUUGAUGGUACGCCAGAGUUGGAAUACUUAAAUCUCUCCUUUAAUAAAUUUACCACUCUCUCGGUUAAUUCAUUACUUUAUAUGCAGCAUCUAAAAAUUCUUUAUAUUAACAGUAAUCACCUUCUCUCCUUAAAUUUAAAAAAUCUUCCAUUAUCACUGUUAGAACUUCAUGCGGAAAAUAAUCUUAUCAAUAUCGUGUCAUUCCAAAAAUCAUUAAUUCAUACCUUAAACAUUCAAAAUAACAAUAUUUCCAGCAUACAUAAUUUAACGUUAUUGGAAGAAUUAAAAAAUUUAAAUGUUAGUAGAAAUUUCUUGUCAGAUUUUCCAGAUGUUUCUUUGGAAAAUUUAGAAACGCUAGACAUAUCCUUCAAUAAUUUAACAAUAAUACCUGAAACCAUUUCUAGUAAAAAUUUUCCAAAUUUAAGUAUUUUUAAAAUAAAUGGAAAUUGUCUGAAAGAUAUAAAAAUUCGAUCUAAAUUGAAUUUGGAAAUAUUUGAAGUGAAAUUUAUAGAGACAAUUGAGAAGGUCGACAAAGAAACAUUUCUAAUGUUAAAGGAGAAGAAAAACAAUUGUAUCAAUAUAACUAUUUCAAGCAAUUUAAAUUUGAAUAUGAUUCAAGAAAACGUAUUUCAACACAUGAACAUUUGCUCCUUAGAUUUGAGCAACAAUUCCUUCACUCAUUUGUCAUCAGAGCUAUUUAAUUUAAACGUUUAUAACACUUCAAAUUUAAAAUACCUUAUUAAUUUACAAGGAAAUCCAUUUAUUUGUAAUUGCUCAUUGCAAUGGAUGUUGAAUAAAUUAAUUCCGAAACUUUACAUUAUGAAUCCCAGUCUUCUAGAAGAUUUGAGAUGUGCUGAUCCACCUCCACUGGCCAACAAAAGAAUGAUCCAUUGGUACAAGUGGAAAGGAGAGGUCUUUUGCGAUAAGUUUUCACAUUUAUCAGAAAGAAUGACUGUUAAUAUUGCGGGUGUUUCCAGCAACCAAGUUGUGACAUUUAAAACUGGACCUGGAAUGAUUGCUGUUUUGGCCACAAUGAUGACUCUCCUCAUAAUUCUAAUAAUUAUCGGCAUUCUGUUGACUCGAAGAAUGACCGCAAAGAGAAGACGAGUCAAUCGUAGACUUUAAAUCUUUUUAAUCUUGUAAAAGCAUGAAGACUGUCAUUGAGAAAAAAUAUAAAAAAUGUUUUUUAUUUUUUUAGUUUAACUUACAUAACAUGCAAUUUAUGCAGUUCUUCAAUCUAUGCAAAAAUUACAUAGAUUAGCUGUCAAAAUUUACAAUCAUCUUCUAAUUUUUUACUGUACUUAUAAUACAAGAAUAGUUUGCACAAUAGUAUACAUAGUAAUGUAAACCAUAAUGUUGAUUUAUUGGAAGAAAUAUAUUAAAAAUGUUAUCUUCACGGACACGUGCACACUUUAGUGGUCACAAAACUCAACUUUAAUAAAUAAACUUAUGUUUUAUAACAUUUGUCACAUAAAAA